GACGCACUGCUGCCCGUCCGAGCAGCGGAGAAUCCCUAUUGGAUCUAUUUUAAAACACCAUUUUAUGUUUUCAGUUAACGUGAAAAGAUUUUAAAUCUACUUUAUGACGCUACGUAUCGAGGUUUCUGGGACCUUUUAUCUGUUCGUUUUUUGAAGGAUGUAUUAUUGAAAACGCCUCUGAAGAAGAGUUGGAACAAGAAAUGGGGAUUUACAGUAUUUGGAUAUUUUUAUCAUUUUUAUGUGUUGUACAACAUAUCGAUGGUCUCCGCUGUGUGGAUUCAUACAGACCCUGUGAGAAUGGAGGAAUAUGUUCAAGCUCAAAAUGCAUGUGCCGGCCCGGCUACAUCGGAAAUCUGUGCCAACACCAGGAUCCGUGUCACCGGACGCCGUGCCUCAACGGAGCCGUCUGCAAGAGCCAGGUGGCCAACGGCAUCCCCCAGUACACCUGCGUGUGCCAGCGAGGGUUCCGAGGUCAAGACUGCUCGCAGAUUGAUGCCUGUGCCACCAGCCCCUGUGCCAAUGGUGCCCGCUGCGUCAACUGGAACAACCACUACAACUGCUCGUGCCCGCCCGGCUUCCAGGGCAAGAACUGCCGCAAUGACAUCGACGAGUGCCGCAAGUCGGGCAAGUGCCUGAACGGCGGCGUCUGCCAGAACACGCACGGCUCCUACACCUGCCGAUGCCCGCCGGGCUACAGCGGGCGCACGUGCGAGAUCGUCACCCUGCCCUGCGCGCCCUCCCAGUGCCUCAACGGGGGCACGUGCCACCAGAUCAGCGAUCACGCCUAUGAGUGUGCCUGCCUGCCAGGCUUCGAAGGCCACAACUGCGAGACCAACGUGGACGACUGCCCCGGGCACAAAUGCAUGAAUGGGGGUAUAUGCGUGGACGGAGUCAACACCUACAACUGCCAGUGCCCACCAGAAUGGACAGGCCAGUACUGUGCGGAGGACGUGAACGAGUGCCUGAUGCAGCCCAACGCCUGCCACAACGGCGGCACCUGCUUCAACACCAUCGGCGGCCACACCUGCGUCUGCGUCAACGGCUGGACCGGCGACGACUGCAGCGAGAACAUCGACGACUGCGCCACCGCCGUCUGCUUCAACGGCGCCACGUGCCACGACCGCGUCGCCUCCUUCUUCUGCGAGUGCCCGGUGGGCAAGACCGGUCUCCUGUGUCAUCUGGAUGAUGCGUGUGUGAGUAACCCGUGUAACGAGGGAGCAGUGUGUGACACCAACCCCCUGAACGGCCGAGCCAUCUGCACCUGCCCCGCCGGCUUUGUGGGCGGAGCCUGCAACCAGGACAUGGACGAGUGCUCCAUCGGUGCGAAUCCUUGCGAGCACUUUGGCAAGUGUGUGAACACGGAGGGCUCCUUCCAGUGCCAGUGCGGGCGCGGGUACACGGGACCACGCUGCGAGAUCGACAUCAACGAGUGCCUGUCCAUGCCGUGCCAAAACGAUGCCACUUGCCUGGACCGCAUCGGGGAGUUCACCUGCAUCUGCAUGCCAGGCUACACGGGGACGUACUGCGAGGUGGACCUGGACGAGUGUGAGAGCAACCCCUGUGUGAACGACGGCAUCUGCAGGGACAUGGUCAACGGCUUCUCCUGCACCUGCCAGCCAGGCUUCACCGGCACCAUGUGUCAGAUCGACAUUGACGAGUGCGCCAGCACGCCCUGCCAGAACGGUGCCAAGUGCUUCGACCGGCCCAACGGAUACGAGUGCCGCUGCGCAGAAGGCUUCGAGGGGCCCCUGUGCGAGAGCAACAUCGACAACUGCCGGCCCGACCCGUGCCACCACGGCGCCUGCAUCGAUGGCAUCGCCACCUACUCCUGCAACUGCGAGCCGGGCUACACGGGCUACCGCUGCGAGAACCAGCUCAACGAGUGCCACAGCAACCCCUGCCAGAACGGCGGCAAGUGCGUGGACCUGGUCAACAAGUACAUCUGCCAGUGCCUGCACGGCACCUCAGGUGUCAACUGUGAGCUCAACUUUGAUGACUGUGCCAGCAACCCGUGUGAGUUUGGCAUGUGCAAGGACGGCAUCAACCGCUACGACUGUGUCUGCAAGCCUGGCUUCACCGGCCCGAAGUGUAACGUGGAGAUAGACGAGUGCUCGUCCAAUCCAUGCCGUAACGGCGGCACGUGUGUUGACGAGGAGAACGGCUUCCACUGCCAGUGUCCCGAGGGCUUCCACGAGCCCUACUGCUACUCCAAGGUGGACGAGUGCGCCAGCAACCCCUGUGUCAACGGGGCCUGCAGAGAAGACCCCAACGGCUAUAGGUGUGACUGUGAGCCUGGAUGGGUGGGGAAGAACUGCGACGUCAACCGGAACGACUGCCUGCCCAGUCCCUGCCAGAACGCCGGUACCUGCAUAGACCAGCUCAACGGUUUUGUCUGCAAGUGCCGCCAGGGCUUCAAAGGUAACCUGUGCCAAAUGAACAUCAACGAGUGCUCGUCGAGCCCGUGCCUGAACGGCGGCACCUGUGUGGACGGCGUGGCCAGCUUCACCUGCCGGUGCGAGCUGCCCUACAGCGGGCCCACCUGCGCCGAGGUGCUCACGCCCUGCUCGCCCAACCCCUGCUCCAACCACGCCCAGUGCCUCCACACGCCCGACUACCUGGGCUACCAGUGCAGCUGCCAGACUGGGUGGCAAGGCCAGCUGUGUAACGUGGAUGUGAACGAGUGCUACCCCUCCAACCCCUGCAAGAACCGCGGCACCUGCACCAACACACUCGGGGCCUACGUGUGCUCCUGCCGCGCCGGCUUCACCGGGCCCAACUGCGAGACGGACAUCAACGACUGCUCACCCAGCCCCUGUCUGAAUGGAGGCUCGUGCUCAGACGGCGUGAACAGCUUCCAGUGCAGCUGCCUGCCCGGCUUCACAGACACGCGCUGCGCCGUGGAGGUCAACGAGUGCCAGAGCGCCCCCUGUAGGAACGGAGGCACAUGCACCGAUUAUGUUAACAGCUACACAUGCACCUGCAAGCCCGGCUUCACGGGCAUCCACUGCGAGACCAACAUCCCGGACUGCACCGAGAGCUCCUGCUUCAACGGAGGCACCUGCACGGACAAGAUCAACGGCUACACCUGUACGUGCCGCCCCGGGUUCACCGGCUCGCACUGCCAGUACGAGGUGAACGAGUGCGACUCGCAGCCGUGCCUCAACGGAGGCCUGUGCCAGGACGCCCUCGAGUCCUUCCGCUGCUCCUGUCCCAAGGGCUACUCGGGUGGCAGGUGCCAGAACCCAGUUGACUGGUGCCGGCGCUCCAACCCGUGCCAGAACGGCGGCCGCUGCCGUCAGAAGGACGCCGCCUUCACCUGCGAGUGUAUGGGUGGCUGGUCGGGCCGCUACUGCGACAUCCCCGGGGUGUCCUGCGAAGUGGCCGCCGCUGACCGAGGCUAUCAGACGGACGAGCUGUGCCACCACGGUGGGCACUGUGUCAACACGGGCAACACGCACUACUGCAAGUGCCCGACCGACUACAUGGGCAGUUACUGCGAGAGCCAGGUGGACCACUGCGAGGACAAGCCCUGCCGCAACGGCGCCACCUGCAGGGGAUAUGUGGGAGGAUACACAUGCGACUGCAUGCCAGGCUACCAUGGCGAGAACUGCGAGAUGGAGAUUAACGAGUGCCAGUCUCACCCAUGCCAGAACGGUGGAACAUGCAUCGACCUGGUGGGCCAUUACAUCUGCUCUUGCCCACCUGGCACUCUGGGUGUGCUGUGUGAGAUCAACGAGGACGACUGCUCCAUGCCGGCCAGGCCUCGGGGCACCCCCAAGUGUCUGAACAACGGCACGUGCGUGGACCGCGUGGGCGGCUACCGGUGCAACUGCCCGCCCGGCUUCACCGGCGACCGCUGCGAGGGCGACAUCAACGAGUGCCUGUCCAACCCCUGCAACAUGGGCAACAGCCUGGACUGCAUCCAGCUGCCCAACGACUACCAGUGCAUCUGCAAGCCGGGCUACACAGGUCGACGGUGCCAGAACCGGUUCAGCGUGUGCGAGUCUCAGCCCUGUCAGAACGGGGGCGCCUGCUCGCUGUCCAGCAACACGGCCUCGGGAUACGCCUGCACCUGCCAGCUGGGCUACACCGGUGCCAACUGCGAGCGCAGCAUGUCGUGCCGCGAGCUGUCCUGCUACAACGGCGGCAGCUGCACGCUGACCACGCGCGGCGCCCGCUGCUCCUGCCUGCAGGGCUACGCCGGGCCGCAGUGCCAACACCGCAGCAACGAGGGCUGCUCGGCCCAGCCGUGCCGCAACAACGGCCUGUGCACCGAGGAGACCACCUUCCCCUACUUCCACUGCCAGUGCCAGCCGGGCUAUGGCGGCAAGCGCUGCGAGCAGCUGACCAGCUCGUCGCUCCCGGGGCCCAAGGCGCUGCCGCCGCCGCCCGCGUGCCCGCUGGCCGACUGCCCGGGCAAGGCCAACGACGGCGUGUGCGACAAGGAGUGCAACACCUUCGCCUGCCGCUGGGACGGCGGCGACUGCUCGCUGGCCGCCAACCCGUGGGCCAACUGCCCCGACCCGCACUGCUGGCGCGUCUUCAACAACAGCCAGUGCGACGAGAGCUGCAACAACGCCGACUGCCUCUACGACAACUUCGACUGCCGCAGCAAGGAGAAGGUUUGCAAUCCGAUCUACGAGACGUACUGCAUCGACCACUUUGCGGACGGCCGCUGCGACCAGGGCUGCAACACGGAGGAGUGCGGCUGGGACGGCCUGGACUGCGCGCAGAAGGUGCCCGAGAACCUGGCGGAGGGCGUGCUGGUGAUCACGGUGCUGCUGCCGCCCGAGGAGCUGCUGCGCACGGGCACGGCCUUCCUGCAGAAGCUCAGCGCCAUCCUGCGCACCAGCCUGCGCUUCCACCUGGACAAGAACGGCGAGGCCAUGAUCAAGCCCUACACCAAGCCCUACAUGCGCCGCCUCAAGAAGAGGGAGCUGCAGCCGCAGCAGGAGGUCAUCGGGUCUAUCGUGUAUCUGGAGAUCGACAACCGGCUGUGCUCCCAGGGCUCCGAGGACUGCUUCCCCACGGCCGACACGGCGGCCGAGUACCUGGGCGCCCUGCACGCCACCGAGAUGCUGCGCUUCCCCUACCCCAUCAAAGAAGUCCGCAGUGAGCCGCUGCCGCAUUCGCCGGAGGAGGUGCCGGAGUGGGGCAAGCUGCUGCUGGUGGGCGUGGCGGCGCUCUUCCUGAUGGUCAUCCUGCUGCUGGGCAUGCUGAUCGCGCGGCGCAAGCGGGAGCACAGCACGCUCUGGUUCCCCGAGGGCUUCUUCCUCAAGAAGGAGGCCAGCAGCAACAAGAACCGCCGCGAGCCCGUGGGCCAGGACGCCCUGGGCAUGAAACACAUGCCUAAGACGGUGGAGGAGUCUCUUCUAGGUGACCACAGCGACCAGUGGAUUGACACAGACUGCCCUGAGGCCAAGAGACUGAAGGUGGAGGAGCCCAGCAUGAUGUCGGACAGUGACGACCCAGUGGACUCCAGACAGUGGACACAGCACCAUCUGGCGGCCGCCGACAUCCGCAUGCCCCCCUCUAUGGCGCUCACGCCCCCACAGGGAGAGUUCGACGGCGACUGCAUGGACGUUAACGUCCGAGGACCUGACGGCUUCACCCCGCUCAUGCUGGCGUCGUUCUGUGGCGGCCUGGAACCCGAGGUGGCGGAGGAGGAGGAGGAAGAGUCGUCGGCCAACAUCAUCUCGGACCUUAUCUACCAGGGCGCCUCGCUGGCCGCCCAGACGGACCGCACCGGCGAGACUGCCCUGCACCUGGCCGCCCGCUACGCCCGCGCCGACGCCGCCAAGAGGCUGCUGGACGCCGGAGCAGACGCCAACGCACAGGACAACACCGGACGCACGCCACUGCACGCAGCUGUGGCCGCCGAUGCCCAAGGAGUAUUCCAGAUCCUGAUCCGUAACCGUGCCACCGACCUGGACGCCCGCAUGUACGACGGGUCCACCGCCCUCAUCCUGGCUGCCCGCCUGGCAGUGGAGGGCAUGGUGGAGGAGCUCAUCACGUGCCACGCCGACGUCAACGCCGUCGACGAGCUGGGUAAAUCUGCCCUGCACUGGGCUGCUGCCGUCAAUAACGUGGAGGCCACCAUGGCCCUGCUGAAGAACGGAGCCAACAAAGAUAUGCAAGAUCUGAAGGAGGAGACCCCUCUGUUCCUGGCGGCACGCGAGGGCAGCUGCGAGGCGGUCAAGGUCCUCCUGGCCCACUUCGCCAACCGCGAGAUCACCGACCACAUGGACCGGCUGCCGCGCGACAUCGCCCAGGAGCGCAUGCACCACGACAUCGUGCAGCUGCUGGACGAGUACAACACGGUGCGCAGCCCGCAGGGCCACAGCGCCGCCGCCCACCACCUGGCCGCCGCCGCCGCCGCCGCCGGCCACACGCUCUCGCCGCUCAUGUGCCCGCCGAGCAGCUUCAUGCCCGGCCUCAAGACCACGCCGCAGGGCAAGAAGAGCCGGCGCCCCGGCGCCAAGGGCUCAGGGGGAGGGGGCGGCAUGGGCGGGCAGCACGGCGCCAUGAGCCUGAAGGAGUCGGCCAAGGCGCGCAACAAGAAGCUGACGCUGGACAUGCAGAGCGCGCUGCUGGAGAGCUCGGUGACGCUGUCGCCCGUCGACUCGCUGGACUCGCCGCACGGCGGCGCCAGCAACGCCGGCUACAUGACCAACCCCACCUCGCCCGUGGCCAUGCCCUCGCCGGGCAUGUUCCACACGUCCAUGUCGGUGCCCGGCACGCCCAUGGUGCACGCCGGCAUGCUGGACGCCGGCGGCGGGCCCUUCGCCGUCUCCCUGGCGCAGCUCAACGACCUGAGCGGCGCCGACGGCCUCUCCAUGCAGGCGCGCGUCUCCAUGGCGUCGGCGGUGGCGGCGGCCAACCAGCACGGCUACGUGCUCAACUCGGGCCAGCUGGGCAUGAGCAUGGGCAUGGUGAACCCGGUGAGCGUGCCCUUCGACUGGCACGGGCGCAUGACGCCCUCCUCGCAGUGCGGCCCGGUGGUCAGCAUGGUGCACCCCAUCAGCAGCCAGGCCGGUCUGAUGACGCCCUCGUCCACCAUGGCGCAGGGCGGCCUGCUCAUGCACCAGCCCAUGUUCCGCGGCGGGCAGCCCGCCAUGCUGCAGCCCACGCUCGUCUCCUCCACCCCCACCAGCCUCAGCCCCGUCAAGCUGGCCUCCAUCGCCGAGCAGCAGCAGCAGCAGCUCCACAGCCACUCACUGGCUCGCAUGGGCACCUCCUCCCCUCCCACCCCCCAGCAGAGCCAGCCCCCGCCGGCCUUCUACCAGCAGGCUCCACAGCAGCCCCAGCAUAGCCCCCAGGCAGCGCAGGCACAGGCCCAAGCCCAGGCCCAGGCAGCAGCAGCAGCAGCAGCAGCAGCAGCCCAGCCACCCCAGGGUCAAGGCCCCCAGGCCGGAGGCAGCAGUACGGGGCUGGAGGAUUACCCGACGCCACCCUCACAGCACAGCUACACCUCCGCCAUGGAUGCCACCCCCAAGCAUUACCUGCACCUGCCCAGCGAGCACCCGUACCUGACCCCGUCCCCGGAGUCGCCUGAGCCCUGGUCCAGCCCCUCCCCGCAGUGCGUGUCCGACUGGUCCGAGUCCACCCCGAGUCCGGCCGUGUCGGGCCCGGCCCAGACCCAGAUCCCCCACGUCCAGGAGUCCAACGGGAAGAUGCAGGUGUUCGCGUGAGGAGGAGAACCUCCCCACCCUCGCCGUCACAACUUCGACACAUUCCCAACCCCGACCCCCCUUUUUCCCCCCCUGUCGCCUGAAAGCACCAGAGCCAACGAGAACCGAGAAGGGAGCUCUCGUCGUGGUUCUGGUUUCGUUUUUUUAUGAGUCAGCCAGCUUUCAAGAUUUUGAAUUGGGAUCCGGAUUGACUGUGUCGCGUCAAGAAGACCGUCUGCUGAUAUUGCGUGCAGAGAUAAACAAAAAGAGUAAAGGGAAAAAAAAUGUUGUUAUUAAUUGUCUUAAAAGAAAAGACAAUAUGAUGAAGUAAGACUUAUUCUGUCUCAGAUGGACUUGUUUUUUUAUUAUAAAAAAAAAGUAUAUGAAGAAAGCCACGUCUUUUAUUUCAAAGACUUGGGGGACACUUUCCUGAAACUAACAAACUUUAAGUAGACUAAGAGAAAAAAAGCAAAUGUUGAAGGAAAUUCCUUUCUUUUUUAUUUAUUGUUUUCUUGUGUUCCUCCUUUUUAAGAAAAAGAAACUGCCUGGUGGGGCGUUCUCUCCCUCUCUCUCUCUUUGUCCCAGACGAAUGGUCACUCACUGAUCCAGAUCUGUUACUUUUCACCGCCCUUAGCAGAACCACUGCGGUUAUUCUCUAGUAUUACGUAAGGUCCGGUUUACUUUCAUGUUGUUUUGACAAAUGAAACCAGAAUAUGAGGAUGUAGUCCUCCUUAAGGUGAUUCUUUUUUUAAUUAAUAUUAUUAUUUUGGGCAUUUUGUUUCUCGUUUGUGACAUGUUUUCAGUCAGUACUGCAGAUUUGUUUCUAAUUCUCUGGCAUGUAAUAAUUCAUGAAGCAGAAGUGGCCAGUAUUGAUUACUUUUGGCAUUUUUGUUCCUUUUGGCUAGGCCACAAACUACAGUUGACUCACCACACACUGAACGAACAUAUUAUUCAACUUAUUCCUGUCUUGUGAAGUCCCACAGAGAUGAGAUGGGUUUAGUGGCCUUGGGUCGUAGAGUGAUGGAGAGAGAGAGAGCACUCACUUUUUGUUAUUUAUUUUGGCCACAUAAAAACUGAUUGGCACUACAAAAAAACUACAAAAAUGGCGUAUGCUAGGUAAAUGUCACUGAUUGCAAAUUAUGUUGAACAAAAAAAAAUAUCUUUAGUUUAAACCCAUUUCUUUAGGUAUGUAUUACGUGUAAGAAUGUAUUGGGGCAUCUCUGAAGCACUUCUCGGGGCGAACAUGAGGGCGGCGCUAGUGAGCUGGGCUCUCCCUUCUUGCAGUAAUACCAGUUACCACAUGCUCUCCCGGUCAGCCGUCAGAGGAAAGCCAGGUGUGAUUCUAUGAGAUGCCCCUCUCCAAUUACCCCUCUGUCUUAUCCUCUCAUGGCUCUGACAGUCCUGGGCUCAGUACCAGAGUAUUUAGUAUUUCAGAAUAAGUAUUUAUGACCGCAUAGCUCACGUUUUUUUUUUUUUCUGCCAUUACUAAAUCAGCCAGUCACUGCCUUUUUUAUAGUUCUCUGUUUUUUGUUAUUCAUUUCUUUUAUUUGUUUUUAUUACAAUGAUGUACUAAGCUAUUUUUUUCUUGUUGUUUUUUUUUCUUUCUUCCUUAUUGGCUGCUGCUCGCUGUCACUCUUAAGUGUGACACCCGUGUGUCUUCUGAAAACAUUACUGCUUCCUCCUUCCCUCUGCCCCUGACCCCCCACCCCAUCCCCUGCUCGUGUGGAGCUGCAGUGUAUGCUGCUACCCAACUCGCACUGUGCCUGUCCCCCCCUCUUCCCAUUAGAGUGCUUCCUCUCUUGCCCUCAGAGACUCUCACUGGCCUCUCCACUUCCCAACCAGAUCCAUUUUUUUUAAAAUGUCUGUUUGACGCAAUGUCUGAUGCCUCGUUCUCCGACCAACGUAGAUGACCAACGCACGCACGUGAGAGGGCACAAUAAUAAUAAAUAAAUAAAUGAAAAAUAAAAUUAGUUUUAUUUUUUUUCCUCCCCCCUCCAGUCUUCCGUCAAACCUCCAGGAGUUUUUUGGGAGGCUGCGUUUGACUGGAGGGCUGCCCAGGCAAGGAGGGCCUGUGGCUGGGGAGGGCCGGAGGCUGCUAGUGCCCUGUCACUCCUCAGGGAGGCAUUAUAAGGCAUGCAGGUACCGGGAGUGGGGGUACGUCCUGCUCUACCCCCGCCCCCCUCCCCCUGCAUCUUUAGCAGUGGUUCAACCCCCCUCCACACCAGCCAAGGAGGGAGAGGGCGUCUUGUGCACUGGAGAUGAUAACCUUGGAUCCUGGAGCAGGAACACUGCUAUGCAGUGCUGCCCUUCCCAGAUUAAAUUAGAUUGUUUUUUUGAAAAAAAAGUAUAGGCGUUCUCUUCUCUCGUGAGUUCAUCUUCUAGGCCCCCCAUGUUUAAGAUUGAUCGCACGGCUGCGUUUGAGUCAUCUGUCGUCAUCUUCGGCGUCUUCCAUUAUUUUUCUGGUUGUCUCUCGAGGCAAUAGGUACUCUGCCACUGUUCUCAGAAAUUGCCAUUUCAAAGCAUGUUUCUGUAUUCCUGGGGCACUGAUGACUGUUUUAUUUUUGUUUUUUUGUUUUUUUUCCCAACUGCAUUUCUGUUUCUGUUUCGACAUUCCUUUCAACACUCCUGUCUCCUGUACCAGAGCAUUUCAUCAACCCCAUUAUCUACAUGUAAAUAUGUUUGUCUUAUUUAGAUCUACUUGUUUAAGAGUCUUAUGUUGCUAAAAAUGAUUAUGUACUAAAAUGAUAAUGUACUUCCAAUUAGCCUUACUGUUGAAGCUGAGAGGACUGAUAUUUUAUUGGUCUCACUUUAUUAGAUCGGAUUAGACAUUUUCUGUUUCAUUAUUAAUUUCUAUACUUGUUUAAAAGUAGUUUUUUAAAAGAAAUAUUGUUGUAUAUAAACACCUUUUCACAUUGUUUCUCUCUACAAACAAAAGUUGUAAAAUAAGGUACUUCUAAUAAAAACAGUAGGGAUCUACA